AUGGCUUCCCCAAGUACGCCCGCGCAGGCCGCGAAGAAGGCCCUCUCCAGAGUCGAUCUCGAUGGCCAUGCUCUCCCCCCAUCACCUGCCCCAUCGAGUCCGCACCCUGGGUCACGCCGGUAUGCUCUCGCAACCGAGCUCGUCUAUACUGACUCCAAGGACCAGUAUGGUGCCUCGAGCAUCCCGAUCUACCAGUCGGCCACCUUCAAGCAAACGUCUUCCAACGGCGGCAACGAGUAUGACUACACUCGAUCGGGAAACCCUACCCGGACCCAUCUUGAACGCCACCUGGCCAAGAUCAUGAAUGCGACCCGCUGCCUGGCUGUCGGCUCGGGAAUGGGUGCACUGGAUGUCAUUACACGCCUUCUGAAACCGGGUGACGAGGUUAUCACGGGCGAUGAUUUGUAUGGUGGCACGAACCGGCUUCUGACAUAUCUCAAGAACAACCAGGGGGUUGUUGUGCAUCACGUCGACACCACCAACGUCGACGCCGUGAAGGAGGUGAUUACGGAGAAGACGGCCAUGGUUCUGCUGGAGACGCCGACGAACCCGCUGAUCAAGAUCGUCGAUGUCGCGUCGAUCGCCAGAGCAUCGCACGAGGCCAACAGCAAGGCAUUGGUUGUCGUCGACAACACCAUGCUGUCGCCCAUGCUCUGCAACCCUCUGGAUCUCGGCGCCGACAUUUCCUACGAGUCCGGCACCAAGUACCUCUCCGGUCACCACGAUAUCAUGGCCGGUGUCAUUGCCGUCAAUGACGCAGAGAUCGGAGACAAGAUGUACUUUACUAUCAAUGCUACCGGCUGUGGACUCUCCCCCAACGACUCCUUUUUGCUCAUGAGGGGUGUCAAGACACUGGCCAUCCGCAUGGAGAAGCAGCAGACCAGCGCUCAACGAAUUGCCGAGUUUCUCGAAUCACACGGCUUCAAAGUUCGCUAUCCAGGUCUCAGGUCUCAUCCCCAGUACGAUCUGCACUGGUCCAUGGCUCGUGGUGCCGGUGCCGUGCUUUCCUUUGAGACUGGCGAUGUCGCCCUUUCCGAGAGGAUAGUGGAAGCUGCCAGGCUCUGGGGCAUCAGUGUCAGUUUCGGCUGUGUCAAUAGCUUGAUCAGCAUGCCAUGCCGUAUGAGCCAUGCUAGCAUCGACGCAAAGACAAGGGCGGAGAGGCAGAUGCCUGAGGACAUCAUUCGCUUGUGUGUGGGUAUCGAGGACGUGGACGAUCUCAUCGACGAUCUUACUCGUGCUCUUGUGCAAGCCGGCGCUGUGACGCUGACGAUCGAUGGCUUUCACGCAAAUGAGGCCAACGGCGGAAGCUCGACACCAUCAGCUUAG